AUGAUAUUCAUCGUGAAGGAUGAACACUCCGUCUCUCGUGAUACGACGCUAGCACGGCAUGUGGUGGGGAUACACAUGACGGCAACAGGCUCCGGGUCUGCCCCUAUGGAGAUGGCCGAGGAGGAAGCCUAUGGAGACCCUUCUUCUGAACUGGUCGAACCAGAAUUUCUUCGCUCGUAUAUUGCUUUUUGUCGGGCGCUUUCGCAAGGCGCAGCUGCACUACUGAUAGACUACUAUGUGCGCAUGCGCUCUGAAGUCCACGAAAUGGAGGUGGCCAUGGAGGAGCGGUCCUCCAUCCCUAUCACAGUGCGCCAGUUGGAGGCAAUUGUACGUAUUGCCGAAUCUUUGGCAAAAAUGGAGCUUUUAGAUAGAGCCACGGAGGCGCAUGUUAGCGAGGCAAUCCGCCUCUUCCGAAUCUCAACUUUGAAUGCUGUGCAUGCUGGCCAUGGUGGCGAAGCGAUGCCGGCCACUCUUAUUGCGGAAAUUGAGCGUGUCGAGCGAGCCAUCAAACAGAGACUUCCGCUUGGCUCGUCCGUCGCCUAUGCCUCGCUUUUACGAGAGCUUGUUUCGGUGAAGCGAUUUUCAGAGCCAGCAGUGCUGCGUGCAAUUGAUGCCCUUGUGGCGCAAGAAACGCUGCUUUGGCGUACCCAGCGUCGUGUGAUCGUGCGAGCCAACCCCUGA